CCGAGCCAGAUCGGCGGGCCGUUCACAGACGGGCCACAAGGAGCUUGCGUCCCGAUCAGCCGAUACUCGUUUGCGGUGGAGCUAUCACGUCCGAGAGAUCGUUUUGGAGAAGAGUCGACUAUUGUUGACAUUUCCAGCGACGUGAGCAAGGGACUGCAUCUGGGUUUCGAGAAGAAAUUCACCUUACUGAAGAUAUCAGAGACGGCCUAAUCAUCAAUACAUGUGUUUCGAAUUAAGAAAGAAUAUAUCCCACAGAAAAGAUAUAAAUCGAAGAGCUCUGGGCUCGAUAAUCGAAACAGUAUUUCUGUUGGAAAGUCAAGAAGAAUAUUUUUCCCGGAUCAUCAGAGAAAAGGGAAGAAAAGGACGAGAAGGUUCUCUUUAAUGAAGAAAUUUGUGAUUGUGCCGAAGGAUGAUCUUUGUCAGCACCACAACAUGCUUUCUGCUCGCCGUUGUUUUGGUAGCCUUAGCCUUGAUCAUAGUAGACUAUAUUAUGUCGAAAAAGACGCCGAAGAAACUAUACGACGGCGAAGAGUCGUCCCUACAAGAUCCACCUGGGCCGAGGCCAUGGCCAAUCCUGGGCUCCCUUCAUAUUUUGGGACGCUACGACGUGCCUUACAAGGCCUUCGGCGACCUCGUCAAGACUUACAACAGCCAGGUGAUUAAGCUCAAGAUGGGAUCUGUACAGUGUGUCGUCGUCAAUGGACUGGAGAACAUCAAAGAGGUUUUGAUCACCAAGGGCCAUCACUUCGACUCCAGGCCGAACUUUAUCAGAUAUCAUCUUCUCUUCUGCGGCAACAAGGAGAACUCUCUGGCGUUCUGCAAUUGGUCGGACAUUCAGAAAACGCGAAGAGAGAUGCUGCGAGGACACACGUUCCCGCGCGCUUUUACCACACGAUACAACCAGUUGAACGGCAUCAUCGGCGGCGAGAUGGAUUGGCUGAUCGACCACCUGACCAGCAUCUCCGGUGUCAGCUUGCACGUCAAGCCAUUGAUCAUGCACACGUGCGCGAAUAUCUUUAUCAAGUAUUUCUGCUCGCGGAGCUUCAGCCUCGACUAUAUUCCCUUCCGUGAGAUGACCGAGAACUUCGACAAGGUGUUCUACGAGGUAAAUCAAGGCUACGCCGCGGACUUUAUGCCGUUUCUGAUGCCAUUGCACCAACGUAACAUGACGAAAAUGGCGAACUGGAGCCACGAGGUCAGGAAGUUCGUGGAGAAGAACAUAAUCGGCGAUCGUGUGACUAGCUGGAGGUCGGUCAUCCCCGAGGAGGACUACGUCGACUGCCUGAUCAAUCACAUCAAGACCGACGCCGAGCCCAAGAUGUCCUGGGAGAUGGCGAUGUUCGCGCUGGAAGACAUCAUUGGCGGUCACUCGGCGGUCGGCAAUCUCUUAGUCAAGAUCUUGGGAUACCUGGUUAUUCGGCCGCACGUACAGAAAAUAGCGCAGAUGGAAAUCGACGGGGUCGAAACCCCGAGCGCCUUCGUCGGCCUGGAGAAUAGAGGAAGCAUGCCGUACACGGAAGCGAUCAUUCUCGAAGCGAUCAGACUGAUCGCCAGCCCGAUCGUGCCACAUGUCGCCAAUCAGGAUAGUUCCAUAGCCGGUUACAAGAUAGAGAAGGACACGUUUAUCUUUCUGAACAACUACGAUUUGAAUAUGUCGGAGAGCUUGUGGAUCUCGCCUGAAGAAUUCAUGCCGGAGCGAUUUGUGCAAAACGGCAAGCUGCUGAAGCCGGAAUACUUCCUGCCGUUCGGGGGUGGCCGAAGAUCUUGCAUGGGCUACAAAAUGGUUCAGUACAUCAGCUUCUCGACGAUAGCCACCCUGCUGAAGAACUUCAACAUAUUGCCGGUAGAGAAGGAGAUCUACAAGGUCCCGAUCGGCAAUCUGGCACUUCCGCAGGAUACGUUCAGAUUCCGUUUUGAGAGACGGUAGAAUAGGAAACGCGACAACGAGAAAAAGAAUGAAUCCGGUCGAAUCGGUGAAAUCGGCGCGCGAUUUCGAUCUCUCGUCCACGAUUCGACCGCGAGCUGGGCUCCUGAAGCUUUUGCCGAUCACGCGGACAACAAUCGUUGAUUAAAAUCGACUCGAUUGGACUCGAAUGGCAGGCAAGAACUGAAAACAACGAUUCGAUAUUUAAUUUAUGAUAAUCGAGCGUAACGACAAAAACGUACUCUCGUACAUCGGCGGAGUUUUUUUAUUAGCGAUACGCGUAACGGAGGACCAGCAGCUAAAAAGAGGCUUUUGACUCCAAGGAAGCUUUACUGGC